AUGGUCCAAUCAGAAAAUAAUCGGCUUGUUGAGUUGUUGGCAAAGUCAGGUGCAGACAGGCAGCGAGAUUUGGAGAUGAAAGAUAGAGCUUUGAAACUAAAAGAAUUUAAAGAAGAAAAUAAAAUUUUAUUGUCGAAUUUAGAUUCUAUUGGUGAUCCAAAUAUUCGUGAAUUUAUUCGACAAGAACAAAAACGAAUAAUGGAUAAAAGAAGUCAACAAUUUCAACAGCCACAACCACAACAAUCCUCUGCCCCAUACACUCAAUAUUUUAAUGAUAUUGGUGGAUCUGGAAACGACCUACCAGAGUACUAA